CCAAUUCACGAGGCGCUGCGCGCUGGGGGCGCAAACCCUGUCGCCGGAGUGUCGUGCGCCAUUGACAUGUGGGACGCCGCAAAGGAGCCUUCUCGCGAAGCGAUCGCGAAUAUGAGCUUUCCCGAUGACACGAAGACGGACAUGGUCGCGCCCCUGAAGACCGAGUUCAAGCGGCGGUUCGACAUCUGGCGCGGGAAGUACCACAUGGCAGGCCACUUGCUUCGGCCGAAGUUCCUCCUCGAAGCCUCCCUGGAGUCGGUGAACCCUUUUUUUUUUCUGGCGGCUUUGGAGUCGCACUUCGAAAAGUUCUACAGAGCUGAGAAAUGCCCCGUUGGCAUUUCCACGUGCGAGUGGUACAGCAUGAGGUUCUACGACGACGCAGAGGACGCCAGCGUGCUAUACUUACCUGCGACAUGGCUUUGUGCUUCUAGGAUGUCCGGGUCGCAGAGCGAGCGGGACUUCUCCAUCGCAGGAGCGGCGUCGGAAAACCGCCUUGGACCACGCGUAAACAAGCGCGGGCUGUUAGCUCACAUCUACUGGGCCGCCGAUUGCCAAGCGGGGUCGCACGCCGAGAGCUCGGAGUCGGAAUCCGCGGAGUCCGACGCGGGCGACGACGGGGAGCCAGGUGAUCUCGAGGACGUCAAGCAGGAGUUCGGCGACAUGAAAGAAAGCAUCGUGGAGUCGCCGUUCCAGAAGCUGGCAAAGUUGGCCCUCAACGGCGUGAAGCUGUGCAUCAAUUCUCUGCGACCGGCGAGCGAGGGUGGGCCUUCGCGCGGGCCCCCAGCUGCGCUGCCGCUGCUAGGCACCUUGCUGGAUUGCAUUGUCACGCAGCGCUCCAUCGGCCGCUCGGGCUCGGGGCCGCUGCGCGUAGCCGAGGCGUGCCAGGGCCAUGAUAAUAAGCAG